AUUUCAUCGCGGUUGUACGUUGUGUGUACAUAUUCGUAAGGUUGAUGUUUAGCGGUUGUAAUUUUUAACAGACAAAAACAAAUAUGGUUCGAGCGAUUGACAAUGGUAUGAAAAAUAUAUUCUGCAAAGUGCAGUAUAAUAAAAUUGAUCAUCCGCAGUGCGUGAAGCAACUCACGAAAUUAUAUGAGAAAAACGAUUUUGAUAUAUUCUGGAAUUGUUUUAUUUCAUUUUUAAAAGUACCUCUCACGAUGGCACAACAACAUCUGCAUGUUAUGAACACAUUAGAGUUUGCUGCCAAAUUUGCAGUGAGUUUCUAUUCCUCGGAGACAGAAACUGUGGAACCAAUGACUCCAUUUCUUAACAAGUUAUUCAAUUUUCUGCUAACGCAUCACAGUGCUAAAGAUAAAGCAGUGAGAUAUCGCAUAUGCCACUUCCUAAACUUACUCUUAAAUUCAAUGGGCGAUGAUGCUUUCAUCGAUGAUAAUCUGUGCGAUCAAAUUACAGUCAGUAUGAUGGAUCGAUUAUUGGAUAAGUCGCCUAAAGUUAGAGCGCAGGCUGUUUUAGCUCUUCACAGAUUGCAAGAUCCAACAGAUGAAGAAUGUCCUGUAAUAAAAAUGUAUAUAUUUCAUGUAUCUAAAGAUCCAAGUGCUGAAGUUCGCAGAGCGGUUCUCUCCUCUAUGGGCAAAAAUCAAAAGACCUUACGAGCUGUACUGAUAAAAACACGAGAUAUCGAUGACACUGUGCGCAAACUGGCAUUUGAGUUUAUAAGUAAGAUCACAGUGCGUUCCUUGACUAUUGAACAAAGAGAACGUUUGUUGAAGGAUGGUCUCAAAGACCGAGCCGAGAUUGUCAGAACGUGUGUAAGCAAUGUUUUAUUGCCAACAUGGCUACGAUGCUACAAUGGAGAGUAUAUAAGUCUUGUACAUGCUCUCGAUGCUGGAAUAGGAACAGAGACUGCUACCUUAGCUUUACAGAUACUAUUCAAAUGCUAAUUAAAAAAUUUAUUGGAGCAAGUGCCAAUAGAUAAAGACACGAGACUAAUUCCACUAACAAGCUUAUCGAAUGAAAAUGUUUUAUAUUGGAAAUGUGUAAUAAAACAUCUUCAGUCUCUUUCAUGUACGGAAGAAUUAGAAUUAAUUAUUCCAGAAUUAUCUGGAUUUUGUAAAUAUAUACGCGAAUUUAUGACUCUUAUAUCUUCCAAGUCAUACGAAGUAUGGGAAAAAGAGUGCCAUAAGUUUAUUCUGCUACAACUCUUUGAGAUAUCUACAACUUAUGAUCUCGCAGAUGAAGUGGGUAGAAAGAAUCUGAACGAAUUAAUAAUAGAUGCUCUAAUGAGCGAUUACUGCUGCGAUAAAAUAAUCGAGUGUGUAGUAAGUCAUUUGACAGAAGUGAUACCAGAUGUCAAUAAUGUAUUGGACAUAACUGCCAACGUUAUCAGCGAGACUAGGCUACCUUCAAAUGAAAAUGUAAAUACUCAACAAGCUACUCAACAAAUUACUGUGGAAGAACAACAAGAGAAAAAUAUGCAAAAAGCAAGAUUAAAAGUUGAUAUAUUAGAACUCGAAGAGGAAUUAUAUCAAGCAGUCAAAGAAGAGAAUUUUUUACAAGCCGAAAGUCUAAAAGAGAAAAUAAAGAUUUUGAAAGAGGAAAUGAACCAAUUAUCUAAGAUUCCUGAAGCUGUAAUAACCGAAGAUAUACGCGAGGAAAAAAAUGAUUCUGCAACUAUGAUGAAGUGCCUCAACAUGUUAUACUCUUCGAUGCAAUUUGUUCGCGUAUUAACACCCACACUUAGGAGUUUGAUGUCUCUUGUUUUACAAAGUCUUGACCAUCCCGAUGAUAAUGUACACAUAUUAGCGCUAAUAUUAGGUGUUUAUUGCAUAUUGGACAAAGAAUUAGCUAAAAAACAUAUAAUGAUAUUUUUCUAUCAAUUUUCUUGCGAGCAAGAGAAUCAAGAAAUUUGGAUAAUUGCUUUGAAAGGAAUAUUCGAUCUCUUGCUUAUAUAUGGUUUGGAAUAUUUUGAAAAUUUGCAAAUUCAGGAAGAAAGCUCCAUGCAAAAUAGAUCUGAAAAGAGUCGUUUACUUUACACACAUGAAGACAGUGUCGUUUCUAUAAAUAAACAGAUUGAAAUAGAGAAGAGUCCUGGUAAUUUCAUUAAAAUCUUGAUGGGAUUGCUCAACAACACGAAUCAAGACCUGCGCACUAUUGCAGCGGAAGGAUUUUGUAAAUUGCUGCUCAAUCAACGAAUUAAUAGCAGUAGUCUUAUAUCGCGUCUGAUAAUACUGGGCUACAAUGAAGCCAAUAUUGAUGAUAUUGUUCUUCGACAAUGCUUAAGUUUUUUCGAGUAUUUUAUCGUGCGUGUACCCGAAGCACAAGAAAUGCUAGAAAGCGCAUAUUUUCCAACACUACGAGCCCUUUGCGAUGCACCGGAUGUUAGUCCGCUACGGGAGAUUGAUACAUAUCACGUUUCCAAAUUUAUAUUGAACCUAACUAGGCGAGGAUAUCAAAAGACCGGCGGACAAACGUUUCACACGCACAACAACCUUGCAUUUGCUAUAUUGGCAGAUUUAAACCCGGAAAGCAACAUAGAUAAGGAUACUCUUAUUAAAUCUUUAACGAAUUUGUAUAUUCAAAUAGAGGAUGCUCUGUCGAAGCAAAAUUUGCAAGAAGCCAUCGAGAAUGUUACGAAAAGUGUAAGGGAUUCUGACAAACGGUUACUGAGAUAUAUUGAACAGUUCAAACAAAAAUUAGAAACUCCUGCCGAAACAAUAGAGAGUGCAGCAGAAAAUGAUAGUGACAGCGAAGACUAAAAUAUAUG